CAGGGUGUAAAGGUCAGAGUUGAGCUGUUGGCUUCCUGUUGCAGUACGUGUGCUUACUGUGAUUGAUCAGUGAGCUAGCCACCCAGUUUGGCUUGAUUAGUUUGUAUUCGUCUAGAAGCUAAGAUCUCUGGGAUCUGUAAAAUAGGAGUUUACUGGAUCCAGACGGUCUGGAAAAACUAUGGUGCUUCUCGAGAAUGACUCGUUUUUGACAGAGCUGACACGCCUGUUUCAAAAAUGCAGGACAACUGGAAGUGUUUACAUCACAUUAAAGAAAUAUGAUGGGAGAACCAAACCAACGCCUAGGAAAGGCAACCCAGAGACUUUCGAACCCGUUGACAACAAAUGUCUUAUCCGUGCCUCAGAUGGAAAGAAGAAAAUUAGCACAGUGGUCAGUAGCAAAGAAGUCAAUAAAUUCCAGAUGAUUGUCGGCCUGUCCAGGGUGUAUUCCUGCCUCUCGCACAAUGCACGUUGGGAUAGGCUCCAGCACCCCCCAUCUAUACCUGAUCAGGAUAAGCAGGCCUACUCCAAUCUGCUUAGGGCGCACAUGGAUGGCUUGAAGAAGAAGGACAAGAAGAGCAAAAGUAAAAAGACCAAAGCGACCCAGUGAGCAGCUGGAAACACCACCCAUACACACACCCCCUCCUGCCUCUGCCUUCCACCCAGACCUUCAGCACCCACCUGCUCCACCACCUCCACCCAAACGGCCGCGAGCAGGAACGGAACAACUCGACGGCUUGUUGUAGGCCGCUGCGCCACUGACAUUCGUCUUAGCCCUGCAGUGGCACGUGCCACAGAGGGCAGCUCUCUACCUGUAAAACUUUUGAAAGGUUUUGAAGUUUAUGCCCCUGGUGCCGGCACCCGUGCUUUGGAUUUAAGAUGUAGACGAACCCGUGGCCCACUGCUUACAAGCAACUGUGCGCAGAAGGCGUCAGAGGUCAUCCGAACGCUGCUUGACUGUCUUAAGUUUUUUUUUAAAACCCACACAAAAUUCCUGUUUGCUUUCAACUGCCCCACUGUAGGAAAACUGCCUCUCGUAUUAAUUUGCCUGAUAGUUCAGGUCUUCACAUUUUUUCCAUUGAAAUCUUCUGCCCCAUCCUUUGGAUCUUGGAUGUAGUUUCUGUAGAAAAUCUCAUACGGUGGUAAUUUAAGAGUUCUGAAUGGAGUUUGAGUAAGGCCUUCUGUGAAUCCACGGUGUGGUGUGAAAUAAAUACACAAUGUGAUUGAUGCCAAUAUCUUCUAUAUUUAACGAGCUCUAACAGGGAGGGGCAAGACUAAUUUGGUGACUUUAUACAGACCAACAGAAGAGUUGGAAUUUAUCUUUUUGUUUUUAUUUUGAAAAUUUAAAUUUGAAAUUGCCAUAUUUUCAAAUCUAAGAGCUGUGUCCUUGUAAGUUUAUUUGGAAAUGGAAGUAACUUGUUUGGGUCUGUAUGGAAAUACUAAUGCGCUGUUGGGUUACAGUAAUAACUUGGGAUUCAUUUUGUUUUGAGAUUGAAAAUCAGUGGAUGCAUUUGCUGCAUAUGUUUUUGUCCUGAAAAUAAAUCAUACAGAGCAUGAAUUUAACUCUGCCCCUAGUUGAAAACAUUUUCAUCCAUUUUCCCCUUGCUGUCAUUGAAAGUAGUUUGAUGGAGCUCUCCAGUGUACUGUCUAAGGGAUGAAGCUGGCAAACGAAGCAGCUUUCAUGAGGGUUAUUUUUCCAUUGUGGAGGGAGUGAAGUCAUUUUUGUGAAAGGUAGAUCAGUGUACCCUUUGAGGGAAAAUCCUUUUUUUUUUUUUUGAGAAUCUGCACCUGAAAAUAAAACUACAUCAUAAAAAGUUAA